GUCGAGCGACCGCAUACCACGAUCCGGAAUCGCGUUGAGAACGCAGUCGGUGUCCGGUCGUCCGGGAACGCUCGAAUUGCUAAGAGAAACGAGACGUUCGAGGUGUCCUGGAAGGACGACGUCCACCGCUUCCAGCGGCAAGUUCAAGUGACAUCAUACUCGUGAAAAUACGCGUGUGAUCCUGAUUGAUCCGAGGAUUCCAUCGAUCCUCCUCGGUACUCGCACCGGUCGCGCCUUCGUUUUCCUCUCCGUAUCACUUCUCCUUUCCACCUUCCUCUCCUUUGUUCACCGCUCCCGUACCAUCCUCCGAGGGAUCCUCGUGGCUCUGCUUCGCUUCGUGAUCGCAUGCACGUCAUCAUCGGUGAACCAACUACUCCGUCUCCCUGUGCUUUAAACAAUUCUCGUGACAUCGUUCUGUAUCGAAGGGAUUGCGUCGAUAAGUCGGAUCAGGGAGACCUGGACCACCGAGGAAGCUAGCAGACAGGCAGAGACCAACAACCUCACCUGCAACGUUGCAAAAUGAGGGUAGCUUAUUCUUUUUGGACAGUUCUUUAACAUUAUCUCAAGAUGUACGCCGAGUGGCAAAAGGGUGAGUUGGUGUGGUUCGACCCGGGUGUCGGCCACGUGUUGCCAGGAGAGGUUUUAGAAUACCACAGGGCUGCCAACGUCCUCUCCGUGCAGGCAGUAAUCGCCGGCAAGCCUCAAAUCUUCACCCUCACUAAUUUAACUGGAGUAAAACCAAGGCAGGAUCUUGGGCAGAAUGGAAUCGAAGACAUGAUUCAAUUAACCGACUUAAACGAAGCUUCUCUAUUAUGGAAUCUCAAGAUUCGUUACGACAAGGAAUUAAUAUACACAUACACGGGGAGCAUCUUAGUGGCGGUGAAUCCUUAUAAAAUGUUCGACAUUUAUGGCCUGGACCAAGUAAAACUCUACGAAGGACGAAUACUUGGCACAUUGCCUCCUCAUCUGUUUGCCGUGGGUUCGUCGGCAUACAGUCAAGUAACCGCUGCAAAUAAUGCUAGCGCGAAUCAAGUGGUCGUUAUUUCCGGCGAAUCCGGUUCAGGAAAAACGGAAUCCACGAAACUCGUAAUGCAAUAUCUAGCCGCUGUUAAUCGCGCGCCAAACAAUCUCGUUACCGAGCAAAUUCUCGAGGCGACGCCCCUGUUGGAGAGCUUCGGAAAUGCAAAAACUCCCAGGAACGAUAACAGCAGCAGAUUUGGAAAAUAUUUAGAAGUUUAUUUUAGAGACGGAGUGAUAGUAGGGGGAAGAAUAACUCAGUAUCUCCUAGAAAAAAGUAGAAUAGUCACGCAAGCGCCAGAAGAAAGGAACUACCACGUAUUCUACGAGCUCCUAGCUGGUCUCGAUCAACAGCUCAGGGAUAAAUACGGAUUACUGACACCUGAUAAAUACUUCUAUUUAAACCAGGGCGGAAAUUGCGAGAUCGAUGGGAAGAGCGACACUCAAGACUUCAAAGCCCUUUUAUCCGCCAUGCAAGUUUUGGGAUUCACGUCCGAAGAACAAGACACGAUUUUCAAAAUCCUCGCCAGCGUGUUACACCUUGGAAACGUGUACUUUCACCGAAAGCAGAUGAGACACGGCCAAGAAGGCGUAGAAGUUGGCUCUGACGCCGAAAUUCGUUGGGCUGCUCAUCUUCUUCAAGUCAAUUCCGAUGGGAUCAUCAGAGCACUCACGACCAAAACGACGGAAGCGAGAAACGAGAGAGUUUUCACGGCGUUGAAUAUCGACCAGGCUCUAGACGCCAGAGAUGCCUUCGCCAAGGCUUUGUACAGUUCGCUGUUUUCCUGGUUGGUCGCUCGUGUUAAUCACAUCGUCUACAAAGGAACGAAACAGACCGCCGCGAUCUCGAUACUCGAUAUAUUCGGGUUCGAGAAUUUCACAGAGAACAGCCUCGAGCAACUGUGCAUCAAUUACGCCAACGAGAACCUUCAGUUCUAUUUUAACAAGCAUAUAUUCAAGUUGGAGCAGCAAGAAUACGCCAAGGAAAAAAUCGAUUGGACGACGAUUAAUUAUACUGACAAUCUGCCGGUCAUACAUCUUAUAGCGAAGAAACCAGUCGGGAUUCUUCAUCUCCUGGAUGACGAGAGCAAUUUUCCUAAAGCGACUGAUCAUUCGUUCCUAGAAAAAUGCCAUUACAAUCAUGCUUUGAGCGAAUUGUACUCGAGACCAAGAAUGAGUUCCGCAGAGUUCGCAAUUAAACACUACGCUGGCCAAGUUUGGUACAACGUCGAAGGUUUCUUGGAUAAAAAUAGAGACACGCUGAGACCGGACGUUGUAGAAUUACUAAUAAGCAGCAAAAUAUCCAUGGUCAGCAAGAUGUUCCAACAUGUAAGGACAGCUCACGAAGCCAAUAAAACCAUGAAUAAACCAAAUGGUAGAUUCGUCACUAUGAAACCAAGGACACCAACCGUAUCCGCUCGAUUUCACGAUAGUCUACAGCAACUUUUGGAUUCCAUGUCUCAGUGUAAUCCAUGGUUCGUUAGAUGCAUCAAGCCUAACACGGAGAAGGCACCAAUGAAAUUCGACAUGCCCUGCGUGCUCGAACAAUUGCGUUACACUGGAAUGCUCGAGACGAUUCGUAUUCGGAAAACUGGUUACCCCGUACGACUUCUUUUUGGGCACUUCGUGGACCGAUACAGAUACCUCGUUUCCACGCACCUGCCUAGAGGUGCACCAAAUAAGGAGCUUUGUCGCAUCAUUUUGGACAAAGCUGCACCAAAAGAUGCACAAUCCCAAUAUCAACUUGGACUCACCAGAGUAUUUCUGAGGGAGUCCUUGGAAAGAACUUUGGAAUACAACAGAGCACUGAUCUUGGAAAGAGCUGCCAUAACCGUUCAAAGGUACACGAGAGGAUUCCUCGCGAGAAGAAGAUUCCUCAACAUCUCACGAAGCACGGUGUUGAUCCAAGCUGUUUAUCGUGGCUAUCACGAGAGGAAGAAGUUCAAGGCGUUAAAGAAAGGUGUACUUAUGGCGCAGAAGAUAUACAGGGGGAAGAAACAGCGUGAGAAAUUCCGAGUGCUGAAAGAGGAAAUGGCGAAGAGGGCGGAGAUCGAACGUGCCAGUAAGGAACGAGCUAAAGCGAAACAACAAAGAGAAGAACAAGAAAGGACUUCCAGAGCUGUGGCUGGUGUUAAUCAUUUAGAAAUCCCGGCUGAACUAGCCUUCAUCUAUAGCAAACUCGACGAUUGGCAGCCCACGCAUACAGAAAGGAAUCUUUUAAAAGUGGUCGGUCAAGUGAUACCCAUGCACCACAAUUAUAGUCUGCCAAACGAUAUCGAUCAACAUCAGUUUUCCAAAUUUACCAACAUCUAUUUCAAGAGUCACAUUUUCGGUAUGAAACGAGAACCAAUAAAGACACCGUUCCUGGCGAAAGCUCGUGACCAGGAUUAUACAGAUUCAUUGAUGAUCUUCAAAAUGAUUCUUCGUUUCAUGAAUGAGAAUAACUUGAGUGGCAAAAGAGAACAGGCAUUGGGUGAUUAUAUCGUGAACAAAGGAAUCGUCAAUGAGAAACUGAGAGACGAGAUCCUAUGUCAACUGGCCAAUCAGACGUGGAAAAAUGAAAACGAUGCUAAUAAGGAGAGAGGCUGGCUGUUGUUAUCGAAUUGCUUGUCAGCCUUUCAACCCAGUCCCACUCUAUUCAAAUAUUUUCUAAAAUAUGUAUCUGACCAUGCGUAUGACGGCUACAAAGCUUAUUGUCAAAGGAAACUUCUGCAAGGAGAGAGAACGAUAUUCAGAAUAAUGAGUAACAAUCAACAAAUCGUUCAACACGUACCGAGAAAUUAUCCUCCAUGCGUGUUGGAAUGGAGAGCGAACAGAAAUCGCGUGAACAUGGCACUGAGCGUAGGAUUUUAUGAUGGCGAAACAGUGACCUGUGCAGUGGACUCCUGGACAACCUGUGAAGAAUUAGCCAAUCUCGCUGUUCACAAUCAUGGCGUCGAUAAUUCAGGAUGGACUAUCACUCUGUGGAACCAAUUGGAUGGUCCCGAUGCCAUUGUAACUGAAACCAACGGUUUCGACUACGUUCUGGACUUAAUUUCGGAAAUGGAACUAGCACCAGCGUUCCCUGCUGCUAAACACAUGUUCCUAGAACAGCGAAAGAACAGCUUUCCUCCCAUCAAGAAGCGCGAACACGCGCACAUAAUUCGCGAGCUGGAGCAGGAAAUAGAACCACCGGUUCUAAAAACCUUCCAGCCCCUUGAGCGGAAACCAGUAUCGAAGGUUAUGGAUAAACCUGUCGAACCAGAAAUUCAAUCGCCUAGAAGACCGGCCGUUCCUCCGCCACAGCCACCUGUCACGAAGCCAUCGGCGAGGAAACAGUCUCACGAAGCUAUGUUGGAAAGCACGACGGAGACUGGUCUAUCGCGAAAGUCCGCUUUGAACGACAGAUACUUCGAAAAAGAGAAGCAACGUAGCCGUAGUUUGGACAAUCUACUCCAACCCGAAGUGGUAUCUCCUCCAGUGAAGCUAGCGAAUCUUGGUUUAUCCUCGUCGAAAUUGAACGAACGCUAUCACAGUCUUGAAAGGAUUGGUGAAACGUCUGCUGUCAGUAACGCGGAGUAUAUGUCAAGGAGUGAAAUCACGCAAGAGAGGAAAUACAGUAGAAUAACUAGGACAACGGAACCAAACAUCGAAGAAGAAGACUUAACGAUCGACUUCGAGUAUCCCGAUAUUCAAUCUGUUAGUCAGACCGGCAGAUCUGAAGACGAUAAAAGCAGUUACAUUAGAUCGCAAACUAGGUUCAUCAAAUCUCAAUAUCCUGGUAAACGAGCGCUGCCCGGCAGUCAAUCGAGUCGUGCAUACAUCGAGAAGAGUGAAUACGGCGUAAAAUCCUCGGCCAUGUCUGACACAAGCGAAGCUCCUUCCCUGGCAUCGCACGUGAGACGAGUCAGGGUACCUAGUCAAGCGUCGGACGUGGAUCAGUUCUUAGACGAGCUGUUUAUGCCAGUUCUGGAUGGAAACUUGGACGAGUUGUCUGACGCCAGAAGCUUGGCGGCUAGUAUUAAAGGCACAAAGGGUGACAGGUCCCAGAGUGAUGCCAUAAUCCUUGAGAAUUUAGAGAAGAAGCUCGACAGCCAAGUAAAAGAACUCAAAACUGUGGAAGAUUUCAUCGAAUCGAUCAUAAAGAGGAAUGAAAAUGAAGUCAUCACAGCGAAAGAAUUGUCUGGGAAGAUCAAAGGCGGGGGUAAUAUGGAUAUACCGAAUCAGAACGCGAAUUUUAACUUUGGUGCCAUUACACCAGGAAUGAUGUCGCCGCCUAUGAUGAUGCCAAUGUUCAGUACACCUCAACAAGUGCCACCAGCGCAGAGUACCAACAUGAACAUGGGACCUGGAUUCAUGCCAAUACCGAUUUACAGUAUGCAAGGACUGAGUCUUCCUCAGUAUCCAAAUUCACCGCCUAAUCAGAACAACGACAUGAUGGCUUAUCAGCAGAAUCUGCAACGAGCGUUCCUGCAGAGUGCCAUGGCGCAGAAUAUGCAGAUUCAGCAGCAAUUGCUGGCGCAAAAUCAAGCCCUUCAACAGCUGCUUGUACAGAGCCCUCAGAACUCGUCGCAACAACCGGGCACGGCGUUGUCCGCAGGCCCCUCCAGUAUGAAUCUUGUCCCCCCAGCCCCUCAAAACGGUGCCCAAAUGGGGCCUAAUGAUUCUAUUGGACGCUACUCCAAGGUAUCGUUUAGAGAACCAGAAGAUGGCGAACUUUGGUCGACAGAGAAACAAGGAACGCCACAAUCGUCGGCGAACAAUCAGCGACAAGAGAUGACGGUGAAAGCUCAAAUUCAUCGAUCUCAAAGUCCACCACGAAAGAAUUCGGAAAUCGUCAGGAAAACCAGCGUGGAAUACGCGGUGAGAAAAGUUAGCGUCGACAGAAAAAUUGGUGAUAAAAAGUCACCCGGUGUCACGGAUCCUAAGAGACCUAAUUCCAACAAGAACAAUGUACAAAGUAAUUUCACGAACGUGCUGAGUGAAUUAAAAAAUCGUAAGAGCAGCGUCGACAGUAAUUUGUCGAGCUCGAGUAAUAACAAAGGUGUGCCACCCCCGCCACCUAUGCCACCACCUUUGGAGUCCCAUGAUCCUUCCGAGUCGAGGCCUUUUCUCGAUCCUUACGGAAGAGCUAAGACAGUUCGAAUUGGCAAAUGGAGAUGGCCUCCACCGAGUGACUCGAACGAGAAUCAAAGUCAAGACAGUUUCAUAGAGUUCAAAAUGCGCCAACAGCAACAGCAACGCAAAAUUACACCACAGUAUCAAGAAUACAAUCAAGGUGACGGUGAGCCAAGCACAGAGGGUGGCGUAGAAUGGGAAGAAUUUGAAAUUGAGAAUAUCGUCGAGAACAAUGAGAAGACUGUGAUGAAUCACGCACCACCUCCAGUCACGAAACACGAGAAUGGAUACAAAGAGGAAGGGGAAAAGAAAAAGAAAAAGUCAAAAUCCGCGUUAGAAGUAGGUGCACAAAGGCCAUCGCCAGGAAGUAUAGGAAAAUUGAAGCUCAGUUCGGAGAUGAGACAAAGAUUGGAAAAAGUGACAGCUAAUCAUAGCGUGAGAUCUACGAAAACCACCGAGAAACCAGCUCUUCCACGCGAAGAUGGUAAAGUGAAGCGCUUGGAGGACAAUAGAAAGCUUCUGCUUGAACAACAAUUAGGAGGACGUUGGGACGAUUAUGCAUCGACAGCUGAUGACACGCAAAGCGUUACUUCGAAAGGCACGACCGACAUGAUGACUCAAGCGCAAGUUGUCAGGACGCAAAUAGAAAGAAUGGAGAGACCUGUGCCACCUCCGCUUCCGGUGACACCUCCGCAACCCCCUAGUCCCCGAGGUGGAAGCAUGUAUAGCAAUAGUCAAUCCGGAGUACCACAGCCUAGAUCGCCUCCAGCGCCAGUGGAACCAAAAGCUCGCGAUUCCUUCAGAACAUCCCCCGACUCGGAGGCUUUCGAACAUUUUUCCAAGACUCAACGCGACAUGUUCAGCCAAAGCAGAGACAUAUUCGCAUCCCAGCAGCAUCUGAGAGAGACUCACGAAUACAGAAACGACUUUGACAAGUCCAGGUCGCAAGAUCAGAAGUCCAAAGACUUUUAUGGAAAGGAUAGCACAGACCUAGCCAGUUCUGCCAGAGACAGAAGUUCCGACUUCGACUCUCGUCGCGACUUGAAUUCCGACAUCUUCGAUCCCAAAUACGCCAGAGACAUAUUCGAAAACACGAGUUCUAAGAGAGACCCCUUUGGAAUGACCAGAGACGUCUCUCCAAAGUCGAGAGACAGCUUUGGCAUGCCAUCGUCGCGAGACUUUGGCCUGAUGCCAAAUACGCGGGAAUCUUUCGCUGCUGUUCGACAAAGUUUCAAAAAAUUGGAUCGCGACGUGGACAGAAGAUCCAGCGUCGCCUCGACUCAUCGUACUGAUAAAAUGGAAAGGAUCGAAAUCGAGGAAUGGCCCGAAUUCCUUAGACCAGUAAUGCCACCGGCAGAGAAGCCAGAGAUAGAAAAGGUUCAAGAAGUCGUCAACACGAAGCUCUAUCCUCAAACGUCCACGGCUCAUUUCACGUACAACAGAGUCACAUGGACGUUGAGGGUGAAGAAAGAGGUGUUCGCCCCUAACGAAACCUUAAACAGCCCUCUGGCACUUCAUCUAGUAUUUUGUCAAGUAGCUUACGACGUUCUUGCUACAUCUAGUAUUCGAAUUACAAAAGAGGAUAGACAGAAUAUGCUCAAGAUGUUGGAUAAUUAUGGUAUCACCUUGGACAACCUGCAGAGCACGCAGCACAAGAUUACCAUAAAGAAGAACGUCGUUGAUAUGGCCAAACAAUGGCCACUGUACUUUGCCAGGAUAUUCCCAGUAUCGAUUGGCCCUCAACAUCCGGAAACCCAACACGUGGCAGUGUCCCAUCAUGGUCUUCGACUCAUAAAACGUACCCCGAAUGGUGAUUUGAUCAUUUUGGAGACAUUACCUCUGGAGGAUAUUGUGUCAGUGAGUUCUCCCAGGGUUGGAGUAUGUAUAAUGCAAAUUGCAUCUGGAGUCAGGCUACCCUUACACACAAAUCGAGCACCACAGCUGACGGAGAUGAUUAGCACAUACAUCAGAAUGGUGGAUCAGAAGCCGCUGCAUAAGCCGAACCAUCAUGAGAAUCACGUGUCUCAGAUCACGAAAUCGAUCCAGUCACAGGCGAAUCACAGUACGUCGAAUCACGUUCAAUCCCAUAGUCAGCCUAAUCAUGUUAUCUCGAAUCACGAGAACCACGUGUCUGCCGGUCGUGUGCCGAACCACGUGUCGGCGGCAAACCAGACGAAUCACCAGAAAAACCAGCAGAACCAGCGACUUAGCCCAAAUCAGGAAUGGCGUCAACCGGAAGACAACGGCAGAUUGCAAGAAGAUGGCAUCUAUGAGAGCGGGCCGGUCGUCAACGACGGAAAACACUCUCUGUUGCAGUACGCCAUGCUCAACUUUAGACAAAGCACAGAGAAGUUUGAGAUGUUGAAGACAGCAGAUGGAUCUAUAAGUGGAUCUCUUAAAGUGAUCGAAUCUUUGAAGAGUAAAAAGAAGAAUAAAAAGAAUAAAGGCCAACAGGAUGGUGCGGAAUGGACUUGGAAGGAACAAGUGGAUCUUGUAAAAUACUCUCCUGUGCCAAUAGAACAGAGUCUUUUGAGACUUGAUGCAGAUUUAAGUGCCUUGGCAGUGGAAUGCUUUUUAUGUCUGAUGAGGUACAUGGGUGAUCAACCUUUGCCUCCAGAUACUAGCGAAGUAAAAUGUGUUUACACCAUUUUGAUGCAUUGUCAUAAGUAUGAAUUACUUCGUGAUGAAGUUUACUGUCAAUUGAUGAAACAGACUACAAACAAUAAGAGCCCAAAUCCAGAUAGUUGUCAACGUGGUUGGAGGAUCUUUAGCAUUGUUGCUGCUUACUUCACUUGCAGUGAUGGUCUGAGGCCUUAUUUAACCAAAUAUCUGGAAACUGCAGCUUAUGAUAAGAGGAGAGCUUACCAUGGUACAGCCACAGUGUGUUUACAAAAUCUCAGGAAGACAGUUAAAUAUGGAGGAAGGAAAAACGUGCCAAGCGUGGAUGAAAUUAUGGCAAUUAGUGCAGGUAGAAAUGCGAAGAGACAGAUUUACAGACUACCAGGUGGAACAGAAAGAGUUAUCAAUACCAAAUGUACAACUGUCGUACAGGAUGUUAUCGAAGAGAUGUGCAAUAUAAUAUCUGUAAGAAACCCUCAUGAAAUGGAUGAAUUCUCGUUAUAUUGCAUUGUUGAUGGUGAUGCGUUUACGAUGCCUUUAGCCAGGGAUGAAUACGUACUAGACGUAACUACGGAGUUACAUAAAAAUCAUCAAGUCUUCUACUUAAUAUUCUGCAGAUCUGUAUGGUAUUAUCCUCUCAGACUGGAUGCUCCAUUGUAUAUAGAAGUUGUGUUCAAUCAGAUUGCUCCAGAUUACUUGGAAGGUCUUCUACUAGUUUUACCUGGUGAACAUUUACCUCAAGAGGUCAUAUUCGAUAUGGCUCAAAUAGCUGCUCUUUUACAUAGGGCAGCAGAUAUGACUCACGAACCAACAACGAAAGAAAUUAAAUAUUUAUUACCAAAACCAGUGCUCAGUUUGAGAGAACCACGACCACAACAGUGGUCAAAUAUGGUCCAACAAGCAUGGAACAAUGUGCAACACAAUACAGUUGCUGCUUGUAAAGCGCAGGUGCUUGAAAUUUUAUGGAAGUGGCCAUUAUUCGGGUCUAGUUUCUUCGCUGUGAAGAGGGUGCCUGAAGGAAAAGAGAAGGGUGGUGAUCAUAUUUUGGCGCUCAACAGGCAUGGAGUGCAUUUUAUUGAUUUAAUUACACAUGAGACCCUGUACCACUACCCCUAUUCCGAGGUAAUAUCCACGAGGAAAGUAAAAUCCGAAGAAGGAACUCUGUACCUUGACAUGAAAUGCGGUAAUUUAAUGCAACAACGCAUCACACGACUUCAGACUGAACAAGCCCAUGAAAUUUCACGACUAAUUAGACAAUACAUCACCAUGGAACAACGAGCCACCAAUGCUCAAGGUGCUAGCAUUGGGUUUGGCAUGAGAUAAAAUUCUCCAUCUGCACUUUGAAUUUAUAGUAAUCAUAUAGAUCAACAUCUUAGAGGCGUACAAUCUUUUUGUAUUGUUUAAUCGAAUAAGAAACGCUGUAAAUACAUAUUUAAGAGAAACGAUUCCGUCAUGAUAAAGGAAGACAUCUUUGAAGGAACUUUCAUAAAAGAAAAAGAAGUUCAAUAUAUCGUAAAGUACUCAUAAAGUUCGAAAGUUUGAAAGAAUUGUCAGUAAAAUUACGUUUAUUCUUUCGUUAUUUAUUUAUUCAAAGAGCAGAAGAUUUGGUUAAGAUUUUGUAAGAGAUUUCAUAAUACGCAAAUUAAAUGAAGAAUAUAGUUUGAGAAUCUUUUGACUUGUAAAUAUGUCUAGUUAGGAGCGAGAAACGAACAGAAUUGAAACACAGCUCACCUGGUAACACUAUUACAGAUAAAAUUAUCGUAACUAUCUCUCAAAUCGUGACAAGGUAUUUCUCAUGUUUCUUCCGCGUUUUAAGAAAUACCUUUCUAUAAACUUCGACGAGUACACCAAAAUGUAACAAACUUAAAAAAUAAGUCAAGUACAUACCUCGAUGCAAAGGGAAAGUAGAUGAUCAAGAAUAUCGCGUUAGAUCAAACGCACUAUAAAAAUACCAACUCAACAAUAUUGCAAUGUUCAAACUAUCGUUUCAUAAAAUAAUAAGACUAUCUAGUUACACAACAGUCUUAAGAAUGAGAAUGCCUGAUAAUCUUCUUCGUUAAGGAGAAUUAAUUUUAUACAUACCGUUGAAAAGGAAAAAAAGAAGAAGAAGAACGAAUGCUCAAGUGUCUAAGCAAUUAUUCUCAACUCUGUAAAUACGCGUUUAGAAACGUUUAGAGAAAGAGAGAACUACAACGAGAGGACGACGGUUCUGUAAAAUGAAAUAUGUCGAUACAUGGCUCACUAGUAGCUUUUUAAUAGGGUUCGAUGGCAGGACACGUCGAUACUCUCGAUGGCUGCUGCGUCUUCCGGUUGAUUUCUUUUUCUUUCAGUUUCAAUAAGGGCAAUUUUCUUCUCAUUUUUUUAAUAAUCGAAGAAAUUGCCGAUCACCUUGAAUAAUAAGGAAAAUAAAUGACAUGUUUCGACGUUGAAUAGGAUCGAUUUAUUUAUAUAAAAAGCGUAAGAAAAAGAAACGAUACGGUACACGUAAAAGUUAAUGUAAAUCCAAUUAAAUGCUAAUAUCUUUAACGAGUACGUUCUGAUGGAGACUAACAAACUGCGGUUACAUGUUUAUCACAAGGAGACAUUAUUAUUAAUAAUUGUACGUAUGCGUAUCGCUGUGAACGGAGAUAUUAAAACUUUAUAUUAAAAAUUUCUACUUAUACGAAAA